UUCUCAGGCGGGAGGACGGCGGCGUUCGAGGUUUUCCCUAGGCUGCUUCACUGACUCGACCUGCAGAGAGGGAGAGCAGUGGAUUGUGCUCCAGAAAUGUCGGAGAUUGAGGAGAACCUUCAAGCAGCUUUCAAAAAGCUAAGAGUGGAUGCAGAGGGCCCUCCUAGUGCUAUGAAAAAGACAAUAACACUAAGAACAGUUGAAAGCAGCAAGCGAAGAGGAAGAGCCAACAUGAGAUGGAUUGACUCAAUAAAGGAAGCCACGGCCCUCCGUUUGUAAGACCUGAGCAAGGCUGUUAAUGAUAAGAUGUUUUGGAGGUCAUUCAUUUGUAGGGUUGCCGUGAAUCGGAAGUGACUUAACAGCUCGUAGACACGGAGUUAGGGAGAAAAUGGGAGAGAGAAAAAAUGAAUGGUGUAUCACAAAUUCAGAAAGCCAGAAGGUCACCAUGGAUGAAUGUCCACUGCUACACUGUCUGUGAGCGAGUCGACAUCUCUGAGACCGCCUGUAAGACCUACAGAUGAAACCAAACAGAAGAACAUGAAUGCAUCUAAAGAGAGCUGGCACUGUUGUUUGAGGAAGCCCUUGAGAGGAACUGUGAGAACACGGCGGCGGCGGUCAAAGUCCCCAAUACUCCAUCCCCCCAAGUUCAUCCACUGCAGUGUCCAGACGUCUUCCUACAGCCAGCCAGCGUCCAAGAGUUCCACCAGCUCCUCUGAAAGUAGCCCUAGCCCAGAUAUGCCAGCUCCAAAGAUUGAACAAGCCCAUCAUCUUCUCAGUGACGUUGAUCCCGGGGAGAAUGGUGGUGAGCCACCGGAAGCACGUGCCGUAGAAACUCUGAAGAACAAAACUGAAGGUGGUGCUGUUUCUCUUCCCACUGCCAUUCUAAAAGCCACAGAUCUUGCUGACUUUCAGUCCCUCUCUGAGCAACAUAAAGGCGGUAUCUGCGCAUGCACAAACAAGCACUGCCAGUGUCAGGAAUGGCAGGACAUGAAAGUCUACAAGUUUUCUGACCUACAGAACUCUCUUCCAUCAACGCCCGAAAGAACAACACGUGUACAGAACAAUUCCCAGGUUCUUCUUUCAAGAACUCCUUCCUGCUCUCCUAGGUCUUGUUCUGAGCAAGCCAGGGCUAAUGUGGAUGAUGUGACUAUUGAAGACCUUUCAGGGUACAUGGAGUAUUUCCUACAUAUCCCUAAAAAAAUGUCCCACAUGGCAGAAAUGAUGUACACAUGACCACUGUGGGGUGUUGUCAAGAAAGGCUGUGGAAUCUGGCCUUGGUCAUGUCUCAUCUGAGAGGCCUUUGCUCUCUGUGCUCCUAAUAAAGACACCUCUGCAUCACAUUCAA